AUGACUUCUUACGUCUCUGCAAGUCAGGCGUAUGAGCGCGAAAGAACACCUACCAACGAUACCUAUUCCAAUACCUCCUCUAGUGAGUGGUCUGGUAGAUAUAGAGGGGCUACUGUCGAAGACCUUGACCCACCACCUGCGCUCUCUACAUCCCCUCAUGAUCUCAUCUCUUCCGCCCUACUUUCGGCAUAUGAGCGCGACUACACUCACUUGACUGUGAUAUCAUCAGAUUCUCGCUCGCUUCUGGGUUAUCUCUCUAUACCACGGCUGAAGUCGCUAUUAAAAUCGGGUGUAGUGUCCGAAUCUGACCCAGUUGAGAAGGCGAUGCAGAAAUUUCGACGGAAAGGCCAUGUUUACCAAGUUAUAACUAUGGAUACGCCUCUUGAAGAACUGGAAAAGUUUUUUGAUGGCAAGCUACAUCCAACUGCUGAGAAUGGUAAAGAGGCUCAAAGACAAGAUUUUGCAGUGGUGACUGAUGCUAGUCGAAAAUUUGUUCUCGGCGUUGCCACUAGAGAGGAUUUGGAGCAGUUUGUUAAACGACGACCGACCUGA